GUGACCGUUGAGUAGAAGCCUCACAGGGGUCAAGUUAACCUGGGACAGCCACCGGGUACACUGUAGCUAGCAACACGCUCCAAGCUAUCACGUUAUGUAUUGAUCACAGCGACGAGGGACAGCUCAAAGGUCGAGAGAGAGGGAGCAGGUUCCUUGCACCUGCCAGCACGUAAGGUUCACUUGAACACCUUAGAACCUCCUAGACUAGCUUCAUCUUAGUCCGGAGCACCAGACCUGAUGAGGGGAUUCUUGCUGGCGGUGCUGCAGGCGGUGCUGCCGGUGAUGCUGCUUCCCGCCACCGCCGCCCUCCCAGCGCCGCCGGCCAGCGCGGCGCCGCCCUCAACCACGCUGGUAGGGCAGGCGCAGGAGGCCGCAGAGAUGGGUACCUACCCAGUGGGUAUGUACCCAGGGCCCUCCACCGUGUUCUCACAGCAGAACAACACGGAGCUGAGGUCCCAGGUGGGAACCACGGCUGUUCUUCACUGCUACGCUCACAACGUUGGCGAGAACACGGUGUCGUGGAUCAGGCGUCGUGACUACCACCUACUCACCGUGGGCUCCCAAACCUACAGCAGUGAUGACAGGUUUCAGGUCCGCUACAUCAAGCACGAGAAUGACUGGCAGCUGCACAUCCGCUACGUACAGGUGCGGGACGAGGGUGUCUACGAGUGCCAGGUCUCCUCACAUCCUCCCGUCAGUCUCCUGGCUACACUACACGUCUUACAGGCGACGUCAGAGAUCCUGGGAGGACCUGAGAAGUACAUGACGGUGGGCAGCUCGCUGAGGCUGGUGUGUGUGCUCAGGGACAACACUCAGCCGCCCACCUACGUCUUCUGGUACCACGACCAGCACAUGAUCAACUACCAUGCUACCAGGGAGGUGCGUGUGGAAAAUAACGGUGGACUCAGCGUGUUAUUCCUGAGUAACGUCAGACCGGCAGACUCUGGUAACUACUCCUGUGCCCCAUCCAACGCUCGACCAGCACAUAUCUACAUCCAUGUGCUCAAAGGAGGAGAGACACCAGCGGCUAUACACUCUGGAGGCAGCAGCGGCACCUGCCUUAUGUUGCUGCCUCUACUGCUGUACCUCGCUCUCUGCCUCGCCUCCACCUGCCUCAUCUCACCCUCCUGCUGUGCAAUGGACUCAGGGGUGAAGGUGCCCCGAUCUAUCCCGGGAGGCGAGAUGGACAUGGGUCAUAACUGUGCCCCAUCCAGGCACGGCAUGGGAGUGCCACCCAUGACUGUGAUGUACGUCGCUGCUCGCAACCAACAUUUUUCUCAACGUAAAUCUACGUCACUCCCAGGACUCUCUGACGCUGCUGUCUUCUGCUGCCAUGUACGUUAUUACGGUUGCCAGCUGGAGAAGUACUCAAGGAGGAGACUGGGAGGCUGCAGUAUGGCGUGACUAGUGAUGUGACACCAUAAUUAACCUCCCAUGAACAACAGUGAUGUGACACCAUAAUUAACCUCCCAUGAACAACAGUGAUGUGACACCAUAAUUAACCUCCCUUGAACAACAGUGAUGUGACACCAUAAUUAACCUCCCAUGAACAACAGUGGUGUGACACCAUAAUAACACCUCCCAUGAACAACAAUGGUGUGACACCAUAAUAACACCUCCCAUGAACAACAAUGGUGUGACAACAUAACACCUUCCAUGGACAACAGUGGUGUAGCAGCAUAAUAACACCUCCCUUGAACAACAAUGGUGUGACAACAUAACACCUUCCAUGGACAACAGUGGUGUAGCAGCAUAAUAACACCUCCCUUGAACAACAAUGGUGUGACACCAUAACACCUUCCAUGGACAAGAGUGGUGUAGCAGCAUAAUAACACCUUCCAUGGACAACAGUGGUGCGACACCGUUAUAACACACCCGACGCUCCACCACCUCCCAUGGACAACAGAAUGGUGUUAGCACCAUAACAGAAUUUUCACAACCUCCCAUGGACACUAGUGUCGUAACACCAUAGUAACAGAGCAGAACUUUCAAGGGCAGGGCCAUAGAAAAAUAAAAAAAACCUAAUUAACCCAUCUUUAUGAUGUAUUAAGCAUCAAGGAAAUGGUCCGUGAAAUUUUUGCUGUAAAUUUCACGAAGUUUGGUCAAACAGCGACUCUGGCAGACAAAAAAUAAUUACAUUGGGACUUUAUGGAAGCUUCCAGAUUGGAAAUAUCGUGAAAAAGAAACCCAGUUGGCGUCCGGACUUGCGCAUGUGUCAACUGUGGCCGUUGAAAAGUAAUGAAAUAUUUCUCAAAGAAAAAACUAUAAAAAUGAGACUGAUAUUAUUUCGAUAUUCAUUUACAGAACCAUCUUCUCUCAACAUCACAUCCUGAAGAUUCAAAAAUAUUGCUCUAUUGAUUUUUUUCAUGAUAUCGCAAUAAAAGAGCUACUGUAGCUCUAUCUGCAAGAGCGCAAGAUAGCGCGCUGGAAAGAGUGCUGUUCCUGGCUUCCAGGACUAGGUACAUACAGUGCUUGACAGCGCGUUGUUACUGCUGCUGAGGCAAAGUGCUCAUGGCUGCCAAUAUGAGGUAGUGUUUGAGAGAGUGUUACUGGCUUCCGGGGCGAGGUAAAGUGCUCAAGAGAGUGUUCCUGGUUGCCAAGGUUAGCACUUAGGAGGAUGUUCUUGAAUGUUCCUCGACGCUUGAGUGUUUCUUGCUGCGUGUGCGAGGUACAGCACCUGAAAGGGUGUUCCUGGCUGCUUGAUUGUGUGUUCCUGGCUGCUUGAGUGUUUCUGUUUGCUUGAGUGUGUGUGCCUGACUGUUGAGAAUGUUCUUGCUUGAGUGUUUUUGACUGGUUGAAAGUGUUCCUGGCUGCAUGAGUGCUCCUGCCUGUUUGAGAGUGUUCCUGACUGAAUGUGUGUGUUCCUGGUUGUUUGAAUGUUCCUGACUGCUUGAGAAUGUUCUUGUGUUCCUGACUGAAAGUGUUCGUGGCUGCAUGAGUGUUCAUGCCUGUUUGAGUGUGUUCCUGACUAUCUGAAUGUGUGUGCUCCUGGUUGCUUGAGUGUUCCUGGCUGCUUGUGUGUUCUUGGCCGCUUGAGAGUGUUCUUGGCUGCUUGAGUGUGUUCCUGGUUGGUUGAGUGUGUUCUGGUUGGUUGAGUGUGUUCUGGUUGCUUGAGUGUGUUCCUGGUUGCUUGAGAGUGUUCCUGGUUGCUUGAAUGUUCCUGGUUGCUUGAGUGUUCCUGGUUGCUGGAGAGUGUUCCUGGUUGCUGGAGAGUGUUCCUGGUUGCUUCAGAGUGUUUCUGAUUGCUUGAGAGUGUUCCUGGUUGCUUCAGAGUGUUCCUGGUUGCUUGAGAGUGUUGUUGGAGUGUUCCUGGUUGCUUGAGUGUGUUUCUGGUCGCUUGAGUGUGUUUCUGGUUGCCUGAGAGUGUUCCUGGUUGCUUGAGUGUGUUCCUGGUUGCUUGAGUGUGUUCCUGGUUGCCUGAGUGUGUUCCUAGUUGCCUGAGUGUGUUCCUGGUUGCCUGAGUGUGUUCCUUGUUGCCUGAGUGUGUUCCUGGUUGCUUGAGUGUGUUCCUGGUUGCUUGAGUGUGUUCCUGGUUGCUUGAGUGUGUUCCUGGUUGCUUGAGUGUGUUCCUGGUUGCUUGAGUGUGUUCCUGGUUGCUUGAGUGUGUUCCUGGUUGCUUGAGUGUGUUCCUGGUUGCUUGAGUGUGUUCCUGGUUGCCUGAGUGUGUUCCUGGUUGCUGAGUGUGUUCCUGGUUGCCUGAGUGUGUUCCUGGUUGCCUGAGUGUGUUCCUGGUUGCCUGAGUGUGUUCCUGGUUGCCUGAGUGUGUUCCUGGUUGCUUGAGUGUGUUCCUGGUUGCUUGAGUGUGUUCCUGGUUGCUUGAGAGUGUUCCUGGUUGCUUGAGUGUGUUCCUGGUUGCUUGAGAGUGUUCC